GAGAAAGGGCGGGGCCUGCUCACAGGUGAACGCCACACAGGUGCAAAGUGGGGGAAAUGUGCGUCCUGAAAAACAAGUUAAGGUGUUCGGCGCCGUUACUCGGGCUCUCAGCUCUCCUCCGGCAUGGCCCACAGCUGCGUGGGAAACUGCGCGCCGAUGUUCUUCCUCGCCCUUGUUUUUGAUGCAAUUGGUCUGAUUGUACUUCUGGUGGGGAUUUUCGGCAACCUGAACGUGGACGGUCACUUCUAUGGGGAUUUUCUUAUCUACACGGGCUCGCUCGUGAUUUUCCUCAGUUUGUUUUGGUGGGUUCUGUGGUACACGGGGAACGUCCAGCUUUACGCGGAGGACAGGACGAGCUCUCUGGACUUGGACAUCAACUUUACGCACUGGGCCAGGAAGCUGUCCGAGAGGCUCUCCAAAGGCGGUAAGAAGCCUCUGGAAGCUGGUGAGGAGAAGAAGAAGAGCAUAGGGAACGGGAAGGAGAUGAACGCUACACUGCCUUGUGUUACUUGGGAAGACGGCAGCGGCAAUGGAGCCGUGUUGGGUCACGACAACAGAGGGUUUGAUGGAUGGACCGAGGGCGCAGAGCCAGCUGACAAAAACGUGGAGUUGGGAGUGUUGAAGUGCUCAGACGUGGCUCUGCAGGCGGCGGAUGGCAAAGCAGAGAGGCUCCUCUGACACGAGAUGGUGAUGGGCGACUUUCCUUGUGCUGAAGGUCGGACUCCCUCCAUGGGCUGCUUUCCAAAAGAAAACUCCAACAGACUGAAAACAUUGAACUUAUGAACUAAAGUCACUUUUAUAAAUGGGAAGACAAUUUCUUAAUCAGGGAAAAGCCUUCUGCACGCACAGUAGGCAGAAGGGCUGUGCACAGAGGAAGAAAAGGUCUUGAACAUGUACAUAGCAAAUUUCUAUUUUUAUGCUCCGAUUUUGUGACAUAUGUAAAUUAUUUUUCUUGGGAAUAAAGUUUACAUGUAAUUGGAUAUUAUCUGUUGUUUGAGGGUGUUUCUACAUACACGUGACAAAUACUGUUUGUGCCAGAUAACGGCACAGAAACGCCCAUGUGCUGAGUUGCGCAAGAGACAGUUUUCUUGUCUUCUUUUCCUUGUCUGGGUUCUACCUCAUAUUAUUUAAAAACUUUUCCGGCACACAGGAAGCUGUGUUUUUAAACUCAUCACUUUUUAAAGGGUGUUAUCAGUACCCUAGGUGUUCUCGCACUAUUUUAUUCCCAAUCAUCAAGGCCCAAACUACGGGCCGAAUAUUUCUAGCUUUUCCAAAUCCACCUGUGGGCUUGAGAUAAGGCUUGGAUCAGAGGAUGCUGGAAUGUAACAUGUUUAUGAAAUGAAGCCACACAGAUAGAGGCGGAAAAUCUCUUGACAUCAUUAAGGAAACAUAUUUCUCCUCUGUCAGAGGGUGUCAUGAAAAAAUGUGAGAUGUAGAUACAGUAGAGAACGGAAUGUGACCUGAGUGUUUAUACUCUUCCUUCUCAUCAGCGUCACCUCAGACUCACAGGCGGCACUGAGAAGGGAACAAGCGUUUCUUCUGAAUUUAUUUCACUCCUAACAUUUUCACGUCAUACAGAUAAAAUGCUAAAGCUGUGAAUAAUUGUUUAAGCUGUAAGUAGAGCCAGCAGCUCCCAUCAUGGAUUACAUUGGCUAUCUUGGUCGCUGCUUGCUAUUUUUCUUCAUCGCUGUCCUCUUGGAUACAGUAGGCCUCAUCCUCUUCAUCGUUGGGAUCUUCGCUCCCCUCAGCUUCUGGGAUUUCUUUGUCUUAUCUGGACCCCUCAUUAUCUUCCUCAGCCUCGUGUUCUGGAUCUUUUGGUACCUUGGAAAUCUGGAGGUGCCAAUGGAAGACUUACUCCCCAAAUAAGAUUCACAGCUUCUUUAUCUGCGGCACAAAGCAGUUUUCCCACUCCUGGUUCUGGAAAAUGCUACAGAUACAGGAUGAAAUUCUCUGCUCACACUCAAUCUCACUGUUGGAUGUUUGUGUAUUUGCUUCACCAAGCGAAAAGCGGAAAGGAGAAACAUGGAACUUUUUUCAGAAAGGACAUCACAAGCCCUGGUUCUUUGGAAGAAUGAACUGUACAUUAAUAUUAGUUACACUGUUUAUACAUUAUUCAGUGCAAUAAAUGCAUGUUAAAUAACAUCAAUAAAUAGCUGCAAUAUGUAACUCCGAAUAA